AUGGACCGGAACGACCCGAUUCCUCGAGAUCACGGCCCACCGGAACUGAAGUUGACGGGACCAGUGGACGAGAGGUGGAUCAGGGCACAUAGGGCCUUCAUCACCCUGACCAAGACCGCGACUACCCGAGUCCUCCGCCAUUUCGACGAGACGAGAACGCCGGUGGUGAUCGUGUAUGCCAGCGAUUGGGCGAUAUCCGCUUCGUUGACGCAAGAACACGACGGGAUCUACCACCCGGUCGCGUUCGCCAGUCGCACCUUGAAGACGAACGAGUUGAACUACAAUGUGACGGAGAAAGAGGUGUUGGCGUUGCUGAGGAUCUUAGAUCUCUACUACAAUUUGCUAGUAGGACGCGAGAUCCGGUCUGCCCUCCUGGUCCCAUGGACACUCGAGAUCACGAAGUGCACGAAGGACGAGGACGAGAUACUGGGGGCGAUCGUUGCUAGCAUCACGCCGAGGGCGAAGAUCGAUGACGACCUGACCGAAAUCGCUCCCCGGAAAGAACUUAAACGCCGGAUCCAAGCGCCGAUACCCACUGUAAAUCGGGACGAGGAACUAUGGGUAAUCAGCAUCGACGGAUCCGCUCGAGUUAAGCGUGGUGGGGCGCGUUCAGCGCGAUCGCGUGGAGUCUGUCUGGAUGGGAGGUGGUCAAGGCCAGAUCGGGGUAUCUCGAGAGCCUCACCGUGCUUCGCUGAGAUGCUGCGCUUCUACGCAACGCUCCACUGGGCCCGAAUGUCCGUGGUCGCACGAAUUUCAAGCGUCGACUGGAUGCUGCGCAGUCCUUUGAGGAUGUUCUUAUGUGCAGCGAACCAGUUCCAGCUGACGCUUUAG